GCAAUUUGCGGCGACGAUUUUCCCGGCCGCAUCCAAGCGUUUGCAAGGCGUCACCCCGCGCCGCUCUGAUGGACGACGAAUCAAACGUUCACGUGACAUACGAGGCCGAGGAGCCCUGCGACCCCGUGCUCGCCUGCUUCGAUUCGGGAACGCGUCCCGGAGAAGAUGCCCCGAAAGAUCCUUCCUCGUUCGUGGACCGCCUCUACAACUAUUUGGCGGGUCCCUACCGGCGCGUCCCCGUGGACCGCCCGCUCCAGCGGUCGUCGAGCCCGUACGGCCUGACCUACGAGCAGGCGACGCGGCCCGGCAUCUUCGAGGUCGGGCUCGACGGUCGGCCCGUCGAGGUGGACGAGGAGAUCUUCGUCGACGUCGACGACCUCGACGACGAGGACCUCGGCGUCGUCGUCGCCGAGCGAGAGGUCGAGCCGGACGAACUCGACGAGGCGUCGCCGCUCAAAAAAGGCGAGACCGGCGCCGUGCGCUUCGCGUCUCCGCCGCCGCCCGCGGACGAGCCCUCCGCGGCGACGCCGCCGCCCGCGGACGAGCCCGCCGCGCGCUUGGAAUCCGGGACGACGCCGGCGCUCGGCGACCGGACGCAGGUCCAGGCCUACCUCGACGCGUCGACGCCGGGCAAGUUCGAGGAGCUCGGCGACGAGUCUCGCCCGGCGCGCUUCCCGUCCACCUUCCGCGCCACCGAUUUUGUCAUCGACACGGGCAUCGUCAUGGAGCACCCGGACCUCCUGAACAACAUCUGGAAGAACCCCGGCGAGAUCUGCGACAACGGCUACCUCGAGGCGCAGCACUACAUCUCGGCGACGUCGACGUCGGCGACGGGCGGCUGGAUGGAGUACAUCGAGCAGCUCGUGCUCGGCGGGCCCGCCGCCGUCGUCCGCGAGGACUGCUUCUACAAGUGGCAGCGCGACCCCGUGCGCCGCGUCGUCUUCGAGAUCAACGCGCUGAAGAUGCACGUGGGCAAGAAGCGCGCCGUGGACCUCGUCGCGAACCGCGGCGUGACGAGCGCCGCGGAGCUCUGCGCGCGGCGCGACGACCCGGCGCUCGCGAUCCCGCCACACGUCCGCGCGAACCUCGCGCUCGCGCCCGUCGGCCCGUCGGCGACGCGCAUGGACCGCGAGGAGACGGAGGCGAUCCUCGGCCGCUUCGCGGCGGCGGCGGCGGAGGUCGGCCUCGCGUCGACGGCCGUCGGCUCCUACCGGCGCGGCAAGGUCGGCGGCCACGACCUGGACGUCAUGCUCCACGCGCCCGAGGGCGCGCCGCUCGUCGCCGUCGCGGACUACGAGUUCCACGACCCCGACGGCGCGGGCAUCCGGCUCCUCGCGCGCUUCUUCGCGCGCCUCGCGGCCGUCGACGUCGGCGGCGCGCCCUUCCUCCACCCGCACCAGAACGUCGACGACUUGGUCUCGAAGAUGGGCAAGCAGAAGAUGGAAAUCCGGCACUGUUUCCUCCGGUCGCCGGCCGUGCCGGGCGCGUUCCGCCAGGUCGACUUCUUCCUCUGCCCCACGGAGAUCAUCGCGCACGGGCUCCUCGGCUUCUCCGGGUCGGCGUCCUUUGGCCGGUCGCUCCGCGACUACGUCAACCACGCGCACGAGAACAACUGGGCCGAGGUGCCGGACCGGCGGCCCAUCGUCGGCCGCCGCGGCUGGAACGUGUCGUGCGACGGGAGUCGCGUCGGCUCGCUCAUCGAGGGCCGCGAGCUCCAGGACGGCGAGCACUGGACCUGGUCCCAGAACGGCAUCACCAUCGCCCGCGGCAAGCGCAAGGAGCUCGAGACGACCUACGAGGAGUGCAACAUCAACAUCCGCACGGAGGCCGACGUCUUCCGCUUCUUCCACCUCGACUACCGCGCGCCGCACGAGCGCUGCGCGCAAACCCUCGCCCGAAUGGAGGCGCCUGAGUCGACGGCUCCAGCGCCGGCGCCGGCGCCCGCCGCGGCGCCCGCCGCGCCCGCGCGGAACCCCCUGCUACAUCCGAAGUUCGACCCGGCGCCGAUCGCGGCGCGCGUGCGCGACUUCGGCAACGAGUCGGGCGAGUGGCCGAUCGCCCUGCCGGCUGUGCCCAUCGUGGGCAAGAGCAUCGCCUUGCUCCGCUUCGCUAUCACCGUCACGCUCGUCGCCGGCGGCGUCUCGUCGGUCCAGUGGAAGCCCGGCGACGACAAGCCCGUCGGCGCCUCCGUGUCCUUCAAGAUCCUGAACAACCUCUGGGCUGCGGCCGCGGUCGCGGCCAAGGGCGCGGCGUACGUCGCCGGGCUACGCGCCCUCUCCGUCUUCUCCUGGGCGCCGGGCGACGCCAUGCCCGGCUACUGGCGCCUCGCGAGCCACGACGACGACACGUUCAGCCUCCUCAACCUCGCCUUCAUCGACAACUACGUCAUGUGCAGGGCAGGACAAGAGAGCGAAAUUCCCAACUUCAAAGGCUCAUAUCUCGGCCGUUUUCCACUC